AUGGAUGAUCAAAAUAAUUUUUUCGACUUUGAUAAUGGUGCAAACAUGGACCUUAAUGACCCAUUUCAACAACAGCAAGAACCUCAAGAGCCAACUCCCCAAGUUUCUCCAGCUCCAUCUGCAAAGCCACAAAAAGUAGCUCAUGGUAAGAACAUGUGGACACCAGAGGAAGAUCAGAAGCUUCUUGCAGCAGUAGAAAUGUUCCAAAUAAACGGUCAAAUCAAAAAUUGGUCUCAAGUUGCUGCAAUGGUACCUGGCAGAAACAAUUCUCAGUGCAGUGCACGUUAUAAAAAUGUUCUACAUCCAGCCUUACAGAAGAGCGACUGGACUCAGGAAGAAUUAGAUAAGUUGAAUCAAUUAUUCCCAAUUUUAGGAAAAAGCUAUACACUUUACCAAGAAAGAUUGCCAGGUAGGAGCUAUCAACAAAUCAAAAACAAGGUACAAUCACUUAUAAACAAGAAAAAUUCCAAGCGAAAAUCAAAUCCACCUCCAACAAACGUAGUUACAGACCCAAGGAUGAUGUUCUUCUCCCAGCAGCCAUCUCCUAACGCAUUCAGUCAGAGCUCCCAAGGAAACUUAUCUUUUUCUCCUGGAGCUUUCUCUCAAGGGCAUUUUGAUUUCUCCGCGAGCACUAUAUCUGGAUCAGACACAUCUGCAUUUUCCUUGACUGAUCAAGAAGUAGAUCCUGUUUUUGACCAAUUCUGGGAAUAA